CUCCUCCAGAACCUUUUAAUUAAUCUGCUAGGUAGGAAGUGGCCCGAACUAUUAGUAUGCCUCGCGCCUGAGCGCGGGCGCAACGUAACUAUGCAUCCACUGCGUCAAGCAGCGGUGAUCGUGCCUUUGCUGCUCCUGGUGCAGUCAGCUGUUGGUGUCCGGAGGCGUUUGGCAUCGGUAACAGAACCCCGUGCGACGUUUGCGUUGCCAAACUUUACAGUCUAUCACCGUCAGGAUGAACUCCUGCGUGAGGUUGUGGAUAUCGUGAAUGCAAACCCCGGGUUCAUGAAGAUGGACGCUUUCUCGGAAAGGGACGGUGCCUACGAUGCGGAAGUGAAGGUGGUUACGAUCGAGCCAGGGGGCUUUACAAAUCGGCACCAUGAAAAAGUCCGUAUGCUGCUGGAUUUCGGCGAGCACGGCCGCGAGCUCAUCAGCAGUGAGCUAGGUCUCCUACUGCUGAAGACGUUGGCCUCACGUGAGGGCGUCUUGGGGGUGUUCCCUGGGGAGUUGGAUCGGGCGCAGGAGCUACGGCGGCUGCUGGGAGGGACGAUAAUCAAGGUCCUGCCCAUGGAGAACGAGGGCGGCCGGCGGCUGGUGGAGGCUGGGCGGUUGUGUGAGCGCAAGAACGGCCGUGGAGUGGAUCCCAACCGCAACUGGGAAGUGGACUGGGGCACGAAGGAACCUGACUAUGACCCCAACGAGGAGUACCCGGGAACGGCGCCCUUCAGCGAGCCCGAGACGAAGCUCCUUCGGCAGCUGGCGGAGGAGUUCAAGCCGCACGUGUGGCUUAAUAUUCACAGCGGCAUGGAGGCCAUGCUGGCACCUUGGGACCAUGUGGCUGAGAUUGCCCUGGAAGCCCGUCCUUCGGUUGACAUCCUGCAGCGGAUCUUUCAGGACGUAAUGACCAACACCACCUGCGUGGUGGGGUCGGGAGGAAAGACCGUUGGCUACCUGGCCCACGGGACUGCGACCGACUACAUGUUUAAAAUACUUAAGGUGCCCAUCGCGUACACCUGGGAGAUUUAUGGCGACUUCAAGGCCCACUUCGACGACUGCUUCCGCAUGUUCAAUCCCCUGGACGAGGAAGGCGUUAAGGAUGUGUUGCAGCGCUGGCUGAGGGCCAUAAUGCGGCUGGUGGAGCUGAUGCCCUCUCACCCAGCAUUGAAAGACUCCAAGGCCUGGACCUUACCUAGCAGUGGAGGCGGCGGCGGCGACGGCUCCGCUAGUGGUUGGACUGCAGAAGCCGGCGGGGCUGAGCUUACACAUCAACACGGCAGCGACGGGGGUCAGGGAAACGUGCAGGGUGGUGGCACGGCGCCCACUACGGGAGCCGGAGCCACCACCAGCAGCACCACCAGCACCACCAGCAAGACCUCCAGUACCACCGGCAGUACCACCACCAGCACCACCAGCACGACCACAGCGGGGUCGCAGCAGGAGGAUGGACCGGCCACGACGGCUGGGGCCAGCAGCAGUAGUAGUAGCAGCAGCAGCGGCGGGAGUACAGAUGACCAGCCCCGCAUUGCUGUAGUGGCGUCAGUUAAGGAUUGGGGCAGCAACUGGAACGCGCAGCUGUCCAGCGGCCUUCUGGCAGUGCUGGGGCUAGCGGUCGUGGGCAUGCUGGCGUACAGGUGCCUCUCACGUCAGGGUGAGGACCCGCGGCGGGCGCGGGGUUCCGGCUAUCAACCUGUCUGAGGUGGUCCGGCCUCGAGCAAACUCGGCGCCCGUGAUGCAAGAGCUGGAGUAUGGGAACCUGUAGAGGGCACGGGUAGAAAACCUCACCAGACGGGUUGCAUGUGUGCAUGCGUGAAUGUUUACAUGUGGUCAUGGGAGUGGACACUUGCGGUGCUCUGGCCACAUUCCAACCGAGUUUGCAACCGCGACG